AUGUCCAACUCCGCCAGCCGGCUACUUGGACCCCUGUCGGAUGUAGAGCUAGCGCGAUUGGCCCGUGAACCAGUUCUCGAGUCGCCCCAGGCACUUGAUAAAUGUACCAAGUCUUCAUUUUCUGGACUAUCCUUGAUAAAAAGUGCUUUCAGAGACACAUGGAGAGACAUAAAACCGGAGUCACGAUUCUGUAUAUCUUUAUCUCGUCGUCUGUGGUGGCGGUUUGCCAUCGGUAUUUGGAUCUUGGUUCUGACAGUUUUCCUGAUUAUCCUUUCUUUCUGGAUGGAUCCUGAAACUACAAAACUUUGUCGAGGAGAUGGAGAUUUCUCCAUAAAUAUUACUAGUGAGAUAGACGGUGUUCCUUAUGGCAGUGUCUGGUGGAGAUUCUCAAAGUUUUUCGAGGUUACUCUAGCCUGGGGCUCGCUCGACUUCACCACUGCGAAACUUAUCGAUGUUACAUGGGAUUUGGUCGUCGGUAGAGGGGGCCAGGCUACCAUGUCUUUCAUUGCUUGGAAGAUAAGCACGACAACAGAGACUCGUACUGGGCCUCUUGCCAAUAUAUCCGCAUAUAUCACGGAAUAUGGCCUUUAUGCAAUGGAGAACGACACAACCAUGUCCAGCAUCAACGAGACCGAGUUUUAUGGUGAAAGGCUAAAUGGGCCACCUCUCAAUAUUUCUGCAUAUUAUUUGCCAACUGAUUUUUAUUGGGGGUCGCCUACAAACAAGAGCUAUGAAGAGAGUGGAUAUAAUGUUAGGGGCAAUAUACUGUUUAUCGUCGACAGUAAUCUGUAUAACGCGACUGACCUGAUGGAGAAUGCUGUCUGUCAACCAAAAAGGGACAAGGGUUCUGCCCAACGUUACCAAUGGGGAUUUUCGUUUCUGCAGUUAUACUUUGUUCUUAUUGUACUUCUUCUAUGGUCUUUGGCCAUGGGGAUCCUUUGGCAAAACGCGCACGAUAUGCUAGAACUCAAUCAUCGUGACCUUGCGUCCUGUGAUUGGAGAGGCCUUCUAGAUCUUACAGACACGAUCAGAAUGCAGCUUGAUCAAGCCGGCAUCGAUAUCGACAAUCUGUCGGAUAAACAACUGGAUAAUGAGAUACAGACAGUCUUGCAUGGUGGCUCCGUUUCAUCACAGCACAUGCCGAUAGACUCCUUCAGCAUAUGGCGUUGGCUGUGGAAGAAGAAGUGGUGGAUCAUAUUCAGCAUUUCAGUUAUCAUAUCUAUGGCAACAGAGCAUCUACUUCGACCAUAUCCAGUUGGCGGUGGCGAGUACGGGGUAGCAACAGAAAGCUUAACGUAUUCUAUUUUGCUAUUUGUACCACUGUAUGCAUCGAUGUGCAUAUCAGUGGCUUUCGCUGUUGGAAGCACUCUGAUGCAGAAGUUUGUUGUUUUUUUGCUUGCAGGCGGACUGUGCGUUCCCAUGUUCUUUUAUGAUGCUACCAGUCGGGAUUUACAUUUGCCUGGGGCGCUUUUUGGCACAUUUUUAGCGUUUGUGAUCGGGACUACCAAGGGAAGCAGGUUGGUCUUAUUUAUUGUGCCAUUUGCUGCCAACUACCUUACCUUGUUGAUCAUGAUCAUAACCUUUCAGUAA